UAACCAGCAGUCCAAGUAGCACACGAGUCGAGACAACUGCAAUAAUGUUUCACAGGCACAAUGUGAUGUGCAUUGUAGUAGUCACAUUGGCAGUUGGAAGUGUAAACGCAACCUUCAAGAAAAAUCCAUUCCUGCCACCCGCGCCACAGCAACCAGCUUAUUAUCACCCAGCGCCAGCACCAGUUUACUAUCCUGCGCCCGCUCCAGUUUAUCAUCCAGCGCCAGCUCCAGUUUAUCAUCCAGCGCCAGCUCCAGUUUAUCAUCCAGCGCCAGCACCAGUUUACCAUCCAGCACCUGCACCUCGCCCGCCGCCACCACCACCACCACCGCACCCCCCACCCCAGCAACCACCACAAAUCAUUAUUGUACCUGUACAAACGUAUCCAGCACAUCCACCUGCACGCCCACGACCACGUCCGCCACCACGUCCAGUGCAUCCCGCUCCACCUCCACCACGCCCAGUUCAUCCUGCUCCACAGCCAAUCUACGUUCAACCGAUAAUCGUUCAACCGGUGCCUGUUGGAACUGGUGGUGGCGGUGGUGGAGGACAUGGAAAAGGUGGCGGAGGUUGUCGCCCGUGCCAUGGUUAACACAAACCGAUAAGAACUUAGACUCAAGUAAUAUUCCAAAUAAAAUUAUCACAUAUGAGAAUUUGCAGAUAUUUAAAUUAUUUGUAUAUAAAAUUGGUUGAAAUAUACCUA